AUGGUGCGCGCUCCUCGGGCUCUGGCCCGGGCAGCCGAGGGGCAGGCUGGCGCGCUCCAGACACAGCCGACGCCGGCGGGCAGAGCGGCGCUGGGGACCUCGCGCUCCGGCUUUGCACCCCAGUCCGACGGGGUGGGCGGGGUGGGCUGGCUUCGCGGCGCGGCUCCGGGUCCGAGCCUCUUCUCCGCAGGUCGGCGGACGGGAACAGAAGCGGGCUGUGCCCCCGAGGCCGACACCUCGGGGCCGGGGCCGCCGCCCGUCCAGGGCACUUCGGCCUCCCUUCAGUGCGUCCGCCUCGCCGCCAGGCGCCCGGUCCCGCCGGCCCUCAGCCGCGAUCGGGCUCCGCGGGACUCUGCCCCGGCGCCGAGCCGGGGCCUCGGUCCCCCUGCGCUCCGCCCCCUAAGGAGCACCUCCCCAGAGCGUUUUCCGAAGCGGACACUACGCUGCACGCGCGCACACCGACACACGCACGCUCUCACACACACACUCUCACACGCACACAAUGCCCAGCGCGGCGCCCGCUCCGGCUCUCCCGCUCCCGGUUUCGGGUGCGCCCCGGGCGAUCCUAUUCCUCCCCCUCCCCGGGGGAGGGUGGGUCACUUCCCCGCACACCCGGGAAGCCGGGAGGAAAGGGGAAGCCGCGAGGGUCCCGUGGACAGCGGGCACAGGGCAGGUCCCGGGUCCGCGGCGAAGCGCGGGGCGUCGCCGGGCGGCGGGCGCUGGGCAGGGAGCGGGUCCCGCCGAAGGGUGGGUUCGCGCUCGCGGCCGCGGAGGAGGGCGGGGAGCGGCGGAGGAACGAGGCGCUCGGCUGCUCGGCUCCGGGGAUGGGUCCCACUGUCCCGCGCCCUCGCGCUCCUCCCGCGCCGCCUCCCCCACCCGGGGCGCGCGGCAGGUUCUGAGCCGCCCGGCCCCCGGCCCGAUCCCUCCCUCUCCCGGCCUCUGGGUUCCCUCUUCCUCCCUUUCCUCCUCCCCUUCCCACGUUCGGGCCGGCUCCGGUGUCAGCCCAGACUUUCUCUGAAACUCCGCCCGAGCGCUCCCAGCCAAAACAACAAGGGCUGGGGAGGAGGCGCCUGGCGGAGGAGGGAGCGAGCGAGGGAGGGAGCCGGCGCCCUCGCGGCACCCUGGGAUUUGUAGUUCGGGAAGCUGGAGCGGGGUCCUCGGCCGCGGGGCGGCGGCGGCGGCUGAGCCCCCCGCCGGAUCCUCGGGGGAAGGCGGCCGAGGCCGAGGCGAGCGCAUCGCGGCCCAGGCUUGGGCGCUGGGUGGAGUGAGGAACGUUAGCGUGUUCUGUCGGGUUUGCAGUCUUGGAGCGUAGGGUUUGUUCGGAGUCUGUACUGUGCACGAGAUCUGAAGUUUGCGGAGUUUUUUCUACUUGACAGCCUGCAAGGCAAGCCGGCCUUGAGGGAGGCUGCCCCGGAAACCGGAGGGCAGGGACCGGGAGGGCAGGGCGCGGGGAUGAGCGCCAUUGAUACCGGCCUGGAGGGGCGAACCCCCCGGGCUCGAGUUGGAUGGUCCCCGGAGCAGCCCUGCCAGUGUGCUGGGAACGCACGGGAUAUGGUGGGGCCAAAGGAUUUGAUCCGAGUCUGUCUUUGGGACAGUUGAAAGCCUCACGCUGUCUCUUUGUUCCCAGUUUCUUCUGCUGGACUGUAUUUGUUUAAAAAUCGACUCCUGAGAUGUUGGACUAGAAAAGGGAAACUUACUGGAUGUUCUAUGUGCCUACUUGUGUGUGUUUUACAAUGAUGGUACCUGAUCCUGGGUUUAACACGAUCCUGUAACAGAAAUAGCUUUUCAAACGUAUUUAUGAAAGACAAAGCCCUAAAAGAAAAUGUAGAAGGAUGAUCAAGUCCCUGAAGACCCCAGAUACUGUAGGGAGGAAAAACCCGACCUGUUCUGGGACUACUCUGUCCUGCAGAAAAACACCAUACAGGUGAUUAACCCCUUAACUUUCACAAUACAGUGAAUAAGUAAUGUGAAAGAAAACAGAGUCUAAUUUGGCUGUAUACCAGGAAGGAGAAUGGACAGGUUGGGAAAGACUUCCUUUGGGAAAGAUUUUAUAUUGUGGUCCUCAGGAUGAGUAGAAGUUGGCCUGGCCAAAUAGUGGAGAAGAGUAUUUCAGAUAGAAGAGAAACUAUGCAAGUCCUCAGGCUGGAAGUGAAACCCAAAAUGGGGGAUGUUGAGUCCGAAUGAAGUCACGGACUAAAACAGCCGGAUCGAGGUUUAUUGGGAGAAGCCAGUCCUGGAAAAGGUGUAGCUGGGUUUCCGGAGCAGCCCAGCGUCCAGAACUUCCUUUUCCUGUUACAGUCAAUAGUAGUUCAGCAUCCAAGCUAAUUGAAGUCCACUAUGUGUGGAGGUCCAUAUGGCCAUAAGCCAUAUGAGCAACGUUCCCAUACCACAGGAAGAAACAUCAGGAACCCAGUGCAGGUAGGGGAGAAGAGAGAGGGCGAAAGGAAGCGCUAGCCUUUUAAUUCAGGGAGUGGAGACAGCUCCUGACUGGUUAUCUGCAUGCUGUCUGUCUUAGCAAUAUCCAAACAUUUUAAAGUUCAUGUCUCUUCCCU